AUGGCGAGAACUUCUCCGAACAUUAUUGUAACCGGCACGCCGGGCGUUGGCAAGACGACACACUGCGAAGAACUUGCAAGACGGACGGGCCUGAAACAUCUUGCGAUCAAUCAAAUUGUCAAGGACAAAGAAUGCCAGGAUGGCUGGGACGAUGAACGGUCAUGUGCCAUUGUCGAUGAGGACAAGUUACUUGAUGCACUCGAGGAUGAGGUGCCUGGCGGCGGUUUCAUUCUCGACUGGCACGCCUGCGAUCUUUUCCCUGAGAGUUGGAUUGACCUAGUGGUUGUUCUCCGCGUCGACUCCAGCACGCUUUACGACCGCCUCAAAGCAAGGAAUUAUGCGGAGGCCAAACUGCAAGAGAACCUAGACUCGGAGAUUAUGGAGGUCUUAUUGUCAGAGGCGAGAGAGGGCUUUGACGAGCAAAUCGUAGUAGAGCUGACAAGUAACACGGCCGAGGAGAUGGAGAGCAACGUGGAAAGAGUUAUAUGUUGGCUGGAUCAGUGGAAGAAAGAUCAGCAAUGA